UUCAUCCGGGUCCUUCAGUGCACGUUAGCAAGAAUCCAACAUGGCGGCGUUGGGAGUUUGCCGGUAUCUGCAAAGAACUCCAAUUUUGAGUCAGGUUCGAAAGUUUGGGGUCACCUCAGUAGCAAGAGCCCAAGAACUGGUUAAGCCUCCAAUCCAUUUGUUUGGUAUUGAUGGACGUUAUGCUCAUGCAGUAUACUCGGCUGCGGCCAAACAAAAACACCUAGACAAGGUUGAAGAAGAGCUCAACAACGUAGAUAAAAUGAUCAAAGGAAGUGAAAAGUUGUCUGAGUUUUUAAUGAAUCCCACAACCAAUAAAAGACAAAAACAAGCUGCACUGGAAGAGUUGUUAAAGGCACAGAAGAUGUCUGAUCUUACUAUUAAUCUUUUAACAACCAUGGCUGAAAACAAUAGGUUGAAACUUAUUUCUAGUGUGGCCAAUUCUUAUGGCAAACUAAUGAGUGCAACAAGAGGAGAGGUCUUGUGUACUGUUACCACUGCUAAGGAACUAGAUAAUGCCAACUCGAAAGAGCUACAGGCCGCAUUGAAGAUGUUCUUAAAGAAGGGUGAAACUCUUAAACUUGAGACUUUGGUUGAUCCCUCCCUCAUUGGCGGCAUGGUGGUUAGUUUUGGUGACAAACACAUUGACAUGUCCAUUGCCAAGAAAGUCAAGGACAUCACCAACGUCAUGAAGGAAAGUUUGUAAAACAUUUCAUUUUGUUGAUGACCUUGUUUUGUGUGUUGUGAAUUCUUGAUUGGACAAUUGUAAAAUAAAAGUCUUUUAAAUUCA